UCGCGCCCCCUCAAAAUUGCAGACGCCCCCCUCCCCUCCCCUCUCGUGCUCUCCUCUCCUCUCCUCUUCCUCCUCGCCUCGCGUCGCCUCCUCCGCGGCGUACCCUAACCCUAGCCUCGCCUUCCCCCCAAUGGCGCGUCACGCGUGAGGAGCCGCCGCCGGAGCAGCAGGAGCGGGAGCGGGAGGGAGGGAGGAGGAGAUGUACAAGCAGGGGGGAGGAGGGGGAGGGGGAGGGGGAGGCGGAGGCGGCGCGGGGCUGGACCGGAAGCGAAUCAGCGACGCGCUCGACAAGCACCUCGAGAAGGCGGUCGCGGCGGCGGCGGCGGCCGCGUCGCCCUCGACGUCGAGGGGGUCGGCGGGGGGGAGGGGCGGUGGUGACCACCAGCGCCUCGUCGUGCCGUCCUCCGCGUCGUCCAUGCCCAAGGGACGGUGCUCCGAAGGGGAGUCUGAAUCUGAUAGUGAAGCAUCAGAUGUUAGUGGUUCUGACGGAGAGGAUCACUCAUGGAUUUCAUGGUACUGCAGUCUAAGAGGGAAUGAAUUCUUCUGUGAGGUUGAUGAUGAUUAUAUACAAGAUGACUUCAACCUCUGUGGGCUUAGCAGUCAAGUUCCAUAUUAUGAUUAUGCUCUUGAUCUCAUUUUAGAUAUCGAAUCUUCUCACGGUGACAUGUUCACCGAAGAACAAAACGAGCUAGUGGAGUCAGCUGCAGAGAUGUUAUAUGGGCUGAUUCAUGCACGAUACAUUUUGACCAGUAAAGGAUUGGCUGCAAUGCUGGAGAAGUACAAAAACUAUGAUUUUGGAAGAUGCCCACGAGUUUAUUGCUGUGGUCAACCCUGUUUACCAGUUGGACAAUCAGAUAUACACCGAUCUAGUACUGUGAAGAUAUACUGCCCCAAGUGUGAAGACAUCUACUAUCCACGGUCCAAGUACCAAGGCAACAUCGACGGCGCAUACUUUGGGACAACAUUCCCGCACCUGUUUCUGAUGACGUACGAGCACCUCAAGCCUCAGAAACCCUCGCAGCGCUACGUUCCUCGUGUAUUUGGAUUCAAGCUCCACAAGCCAUGAGGCGGAGACUGGAGUUUUGCAGGGCUUGGAGACACCCUGGUGGACUACUGCAAGAGUGGGGGGCAUUUGCCAGCGAUGGUCUCUAUCAUGCCGCCACUGCCACCUCCACAGGCCUGCCGCAUGCAUGCACCUUGGCAGGCAGGCCCACUCCACAUUCGAAGUGUAGCUAUAAAAAGACAUCAAUCGAUCAAUGUUGUAACGUAAUUCCAAUUGUUCUUUAAUUAGCGAAUCUGUGGGAUCCCGUAAUUCUAAAGUAGCCGAUGUUGUUUGUGCCUUGAUUAAAAUGGUGUGCUGCCCCAGGCAUUGGUUUAUUUUAUCUUGUAAGUUGUAAGCAAGGUUCAUGCCUGCAAUUGGAAGGCGAGGGAUGACAGGGGCAGGCCGGUAUUCUGGUCCAUAUUGAUCUGGUAUUCUGUUGCUUGCUCGGAGUAUCCACACAAUUCAUCAUCAUGGUGGAUGGAAGUGA